AUGGAUGCCCUCUCCAAGUCCUCCGUGAACAUCAUUCUGAAGAAGAUUCUUCACCUGGCUUCCUGCCCUGUUCCGGAGUUCAAUAGGUUUGAGGCCCUAGACCUCUUAGAAACUUUAAAGAAUGCAGCUGAAGAUACAAAGCACAAGAUAGCAGGUUAUUUUCGCCUCACAUUUGAGACUCUACGUGGGGAAGUUGAUGAGCCCAAUGACUAGUUUCUUAAUUUUCUCUUUCUUUUGCUUGGCGAUAAGGACCAGGAGAAGGUGUUAGUGGUGGUGAAGAUUGAGAACAAUAAUCUUCGAAAGUCAGUGAGACAGAAUUCCGGACCUGGUAUAAGAGCCAUGGCAGCCCCUUAUAUGGGGCCUUGUUGCUACUGUUGUAAUCGCCCUGGGCAUAUUCAGAUAAAUUGUUUCAAACGGAAAAGAGAUUUGGGCGGGCCUUCUGGUUUUUCCCAUGGGGCUCUUCAACCAAAUGUUAACGUAAAUCACAACAAGCAGAGAAAUGACUGUGUUAAGUUUGAGCAGUUUAUAAUUUCACUAUUUCAUUGUAUUACAUAUGACAGAUUGUUGGUAAUAAUGAUAAGAAUGUUGGAAAUAAAUGAUUUUCUCUGUAUUGAACAGCCUAUUAAUGUUCCUACAUUCUUUCCCUUAUAUAGAUAAUAAGUUUUCCAGGAUUUGCUUGGAGUGACAGUUAUGAAAAAGAGUAUCUAAAUUAAGUCCCCCGGUUAUUAUGGGUCAUGACUUUCACCCUUUGCUGACCCCGUCGGUUCCCCCACUAACAUUCUGUUUUAUUCAUUCUUGUUUGUAAUCAAAAUGUUUUUCUUUCCCUUCUCAGAAUUCUUGUCGUUUGACUUGGGAUUGGGAGUAA